AUGUGCUUUCUAGCUCCUGAGUUUCCUAUUGUGGAGAAACAGAAUUGGCUGAUCCAUCUCCACUAUAUCCGGAAGGAUUAUGAAGCAUGCAAGGCUGUGAUUCGAGAACAGCUUCAGGAGACUCAGGGGUUAUGUGAAUAUGCUAUCUAUGUCCAAGCACUGAUUUUCCGCCUGGAAGGAAAUAUCCAAGAAUCCCUAGAACUCUUUCAGACAUGUGCUGUUCUCAGCCCUCAGUGUGCUGAUAAUCUCAAGCAGGUGGCCAGAUCUUUAUUUCUUCUGGGAAAACAUAAAGCCGCCACUGAAGUGUAUAAUGAAGCAGCUAAGCUUAACCAGAAAGAUUGGGAGAUCUGCCAUAACCUGGGCGUGUGCUACACUUACCUAAAGCAGUUCAACAAGGCAGAAGACCAACUACACAGUGCCCUCCAGCUUAACAAGCAUGACCUGACUUAUAUAAUGUUGGGGAAGAUCCACUUACUGCAGGGAGACUUGGAUAAAGCCAUUGAGACCUACAAGAAAGCAGUAGAAUUCUCGCCAGAAAAUACAGACCUUCUUACAACUUUAGGAUUACUCUACUUACAGCUUGGUGUUUACCAGAAGGCAUUUGAACAUCUUGGGAAUGCACUGACUUACGACCCUGCCAACUACAAGGCCAUCUUGGCAGCAGGCAGCAUGAUGCAGACCCAUGGGGACUUUGAUGUUGCCCUCACUAAAUACAGAGUUGUAGCUUGUGCUAUUCCAGAAAGUCCUCCACUUUGGAAUAAUAUUGGAAUGUGCUUCUUUGGCAAGAAGAAAUACGUGGCAGCCAUCAGCUGCCUAAAACGAGCCAAUUAUUUGGCACCCUUCGAUUGGAAGAUUCUGUACAAUCUGGGCCUUGUCCAUUUGACUAUGCAGCAGUAUGCAUCAGCAUUCCAUUUUCUCAGUGCAGCCAUCAACUUCCAGCCAAAGAUGGGGGAACUCUACAUGCUCUUGGCUGUGGCUUUGACCAACCUGGAAGAUAUAGAAAAUGCCAAAAGAGCUUAUGCAGAAGCUGUUCGUCUGGAUAAGUGUAACCCUUUGGUAAACCUGAACUACGCUGUGCUGCUGUAUAACCAGGGCGAGAAGAAGGGUGCCCUGGCCCAAUACCAGGAGAUGGAGAAGAAGGUCAACUUUUUCAAGGGCAGCAGUCCUUUGGAAUUUGACUCCGAGAUGGUAGAGAUGGCUCAGAAGUUGGGAGCUGCCCUCCAGGUUGGAGAAGCCCUGGUCUGGACCAAACCAGUGAAAGAUCCCAAGGCAAAGCACCGAACCAAUUCAGCGAGCAAAUCUGCUGCUCUCCCUAAGCCUCUGGGCUCCAAUCAAGCUCUAGGACAGGCGAUGUCUUCGGCAGCUGCAUACAGGAAGCUCUCUUCAGGUGCUGCAGGAUCCCAGCUCACAAAGCCACCAUCACUUCCACUGGAGCCAGAGCCCACUAUGGAAGCAAGUCCAACAGAAGCAUCAGAAGAAAAGAAAGAAAAAUAGCAACAAUACAGAAAAAAAAAAAAGCAAAGCCAAAAAUCCCAGGAUGACCCUGGAGUGGGGAGGUCUCUUAGGUGAGACCAUAUAGAAGGUGGUCAUAUGACAGGCAGAUGGAGGCCAGCACUCUUCGUCCUUGGGUUGGCACUGCAAAGUUAAAACAGAACCCAGGGUGUGUUGGAUCAGGAGGAGUCUAAGGCCCAUGCAGCCCUUGUCUGGCCCCAUCAUCCAGGAAUGAGAGAGAAGAUACGCUAGAUAGAUUCAAGGUCCUGCAUCUGUAGCGCCAAGAGUCAGCAAGGCAAAUGAUCACAGACCAUCACUCGAUGAAGGGCUUUUAUGUUGAUAAUGGGAAAAGGUCCUCUGCUUAGUAGCCGGUGGUGAUGAAGCCCCAUUCUGACUAGACUGUGGGAACACAUCAGUCCCCACUGUAAACACAAACCUUGGAUUAAGAACCUAGUUAAAUAGCC